AUGAACUCCCUGAUAAAUGUAGAUCAGAUCAAAGAAUUGAAAUGGUGUGAAUACAUCAUUACAGCACUUAAAUUCACGGUGUUGGAAUGGAAAAGGAAUCCAGGGCAUCAUACAGGGCCACUAGUCUUUGUUGUGCUCGCAUACAUGGAUCGUGUCAUACCCGAUUCAAAAUAUAGAAGAUCACGCAAAUUCCCAAUAAUUGCUCAUUGGACGACUGAUGAUGUGAAUAAAAGGGCAGCACACGAGAGAAAUGGAAAUGGUUUCGGGAGUGGUAUUAUUCACGAAAAGCCUAUAGAUCCAACAUCAAACCCUGAACCAAUAACUGAACAACAGCAGAAUGUAAAGGAACUGGAUUUGGCCGAAAGGUUUCAGGACAUAAUGAUCAAUGAUAUGGGGCCAUUACUAUUAAAACUUGGAAGAUUCUUUGAAGAAGCAAAAUCUGCAGGAAUUAGCAGCCAAUCUGAGCUAGCGAAAUUAUUCUUCAACUACACAAAGACAAUCAACAACAUGGUUGUUGAAACUGCCAAAGCUCCUGACAAUGUUGAAAGCCAAUUGGAUGCUUGGUGCAACAGUGAAGAGAUGAUUGAAUGCUUAAAAAAGUUCGAGAGCUUCAUAGAAGAUGCAUUAAAAUCAUCAAAACCUGCGAAUAAGCAGCAGGAGAAGGGUGAUGAUGAUGUGAUUUCAUCACAACCAAACUGGAGUAUUGGGCUUACCCAGUUGGAGUUUGAAGAUACAAUCAAAUCUACAGCAAACCAAUCUAAAGUGGUACAACCUAAAGCAAAUGAGCCUGAAGGAUUGAAUACCGUCGAGAAGGAAAUCCUAGAGAGCGUCAUACAAGGUGCAGUAACUAAUUACUCUACACCACAAAAGGUAAAUGACAGUACAGGUGAUAACACAAAUCAACAAAUUGUCAGUGAAGAAGAGAUAAAAGAGUAUAUUGAUCGCGGGAAAAAGCAAGACCAAAGGAAAAAAAGAGGAGAACUUAAAAUAACUGAUAAGUCACCUUUCUGGAAAAAUGGUGGAAAUGGAAUCAAAGGAAUCACUGAAAUUGAAAGGCUCGUAUCUGAUUACGCAUUUGUGGAUGACAACGACAUGUACAAACCCUUCUACGAUGCCAAGCUAUGA